AUGGUUAAUUUGGGAUUUAAUAAUAAUACGUUACAAGAUUUAAAUGAAUCUUCCACUCAGUCUUGUUCUAGCAGAAAUUUUCCAAAUUUUCUUGGAGAAAGAAAUUAUGCUGAUUUGAAAUGUAUAAAGGGUAAAAGUCUUCGAGAGAAAUUUCAUGAAUUAUUGCCUCCUAAUCAUUCUGCACAUCUAAAAUCUGAACUUGAUAAACGUAUCGAUCGUUUCAGGGAAUCUUGUUUACACCUGGUUGGAAAAGAUUCAGUUAAUAUCAAAGAGCUUGGUACAUGUGCAAUGUUUAUUUUAUUAGGCGAUAUGGGUGAGCAGUUGAUGGAAUUGUUAAAUCGAGGCGUUUCUGUGAUGGACGUACCUCGUCAUUGUUCUGUCAAAAUCUUAAAACCUAAAAUCUUGAGUAAAAUUGGUGGUUCUGGUGCUGAUGAUGUUGAUAUUGCUUGGAUAGAAGUAUGUAAAUGUCUAGGUGGGAUACUAGCGUUUCAUCCGUUUAAAACAACCAAUCAAGAUGAGUUUAGUCAACUUUUCCGUUGUUGUCGUGUGGUUUAUCAAAGUGAUGAGUUCAUCACAAAAUCAACCAAUACUCACAAACAUAAGAAAAUUAUCAUGAAAAAUGUUACAUGUAAAAAAUCUUCGGUGGUUCAUAAUGUGAAAGAAAAAAAUGUGGAUAUAAAAGAAACAAACGGUUUUUAUGAUACUGAAAUAACUGAUCCAUUAAGACGACUUCUUCUUACUCCACUUAUAGAACAAGAUCAAAAAAGAAAUUCUAAUCAACCUGGAACAUCGUCUUCGCUUUUUUCCUCUUCUACUUCUACAUCGUUACAAGCAACUAAUUUAAUUAAUUUAACACAGAAAUUAUCUUGUAAAGCUAAACAGUUAGAUAUUACAAAAGAGCAAUUUAUUCAAAUGAUUUUUGAUAUUUUGGCUUCAUCCAAAUCAAAUGAUGAAGUACAAGAAGAGUUAUUUGAAUUGAUUGGAUUGGAUUGUGUCGAUGUGAUUUUUGAUCUGAUCAGUCGCCGUGCUGAGUGGACAAAUGUUUAUUUUACAACGGAAGGAUCUUCUGAACAGAAUGAUGCAAUACAAUCCGAACAAAUUAAAAAUGAUGAUGUAAACAAUUCCAAUGUUUCAUUAAUUGAAAAACUUUUCGCUGAUCCAUUGACUGCGUCUAAUACACGUCAAGCAAGAAUUGAAGAGAAUGCAUUGAAAACCAUGGAACGUUUACGUAAAGCUUUGAAUAAUCGAUCAUCCGGAUCUCAGUCAAAUGAUAAUGAUUUACCUCAUGUUUAUGAUGCAUCAGCUAAAUUACGAAAAAAUUCUAUUAUGACAGAUACUUCUAAACUUUUAUUACCGGAAAAUGUGAAAUAUCAACAGUUGGCACUAUGUGAUCAAGUCGAAUUUCCUUUAUCCGCUAAGCCGCCGGAAGAUAUACUGAACGUGAAGCGGGUUAAAAUUAGCUCUUUAGAUGAAAUUGGUCAAAUGGUAUUUCAUGGGAUGAAAGAAUUAAAUUUAAUCCAGUCAGUCGUCUAUCCACUUGCUUAUCAUACAUCAGAAAAUCUUUUAAUCUCAGCUCCAACUGGUGCGGGUAAAACAAAUGUUGCACUGCUUACUAUUGUUCAAUUACUUCGUACUUAUAUGAAAGAGGAUAAUGUUUUAGACUUGAAAGCGUUUAAAAUUGUUUAUUUAGCUCCAAUGAAAGCGUUGGCAGCUGAAAUGGCCGAUACGUUUUCAAAACGUCUUAGUCCUUUAGGAGUACAUGUUAGAGAAUGUACUGGUGAUAUGCACUUAAGUAAACAAGAGUUACUUGAAACUCAGAUGCUUGUUAGUACACCAGAAAAAUGGGAUGUUAUCUCACGUAAAGGUACUGGGGAUGCCAAUUUAGUUAAAUUAGUCAAACUACUUAUUAUUGAUGAAGUUCAUUUAUUACAUGAAGAACGUGGUGCUGUUAUUGAAGCCUUAGUUGCACGUACUCUUCGACAAGUUGAAAGUUCACAAACGAUGAUCCGAUUAGUUGGUCUAUCAGCUACUCUACCGAAUUAUAUCGAUGUGGCUCGAUUUCUAUGCGUAAAUUUACAACGUGGUUUAUUCUAUUUCGAUUCACGUUUUCGACCUGUACCAUUGGCCAUGUCAUUUAUUGGUAUUCGUGGAUCAAAUCGAAAAGUCCAAGAUUUAAAUAUGAGUACAAUUUGUUAUGAGAAAGUUUUGGAACAAGUUAAACAAGGUGAACAGGUGAUGGUAUUUGUUCAUUCACGUGGUGAUACAUUUCGAACAGCUCGUGCUCUUCGUACAUCUGCUCAGCAACUUAAUCAUAUGAUGUAUUUUAGAAAUAAUGAUAGUUCAACUAUAAAAAUCUGUUUAAAAAAGAUACAAAAAUCAUCUGAUUCUACUAUUAAAGACCUAGUACCUGAUGGUUUUGCUUGUCAUCAUGCUGGAAUGUUACGCGUUGAUCGAACUCUUGUUGAAAAGCUAUUUGCAGAUGGUCAUAUACGUGUACUUGUUUGUACUGCAACCUUAGCAUGGGGUGUUAAUCUGCCAGCACAUGCUGUUAUUAUUAAAGGUACACGUGUUUAUAAAGCGGAAAAAUCAGAUUUUGUCAAUUUAGAUAUAUUGGAUGUUUUACAAAUAUUUGGUCGUGCUGGUCGACCACAAUUUGAUACUCACGGUCAAGCUACUUUAAUAACUAAUCAAGAAUCACUAGCCCAUUAUUUACGUUUCAUAACAAAUCAAGGUCCGAUUGAAAGUAAUUUACUCACUAAUUUACAUGAUCAUUUAAAUGCUGAGAUUUCUUUGGGUACAGUUUCUAAUAUUGAUGAAGCUGUAACAUGGUUGAGUUACACGUAUUUAUUUAUACGACUAAGACAAAAUCCACUGAAUUAUGGAUUAACUACAGCUGUUCUUGAACGUGAUCCUGAUCUAGUUGAAUUCUUAGGUCGUGUUGUGCGUACUUGUGCUACCGACUUAGAUUGUGCUGAAAUGGUUCGUUACGAGCCAGCUACUGGUCAAUUAGCAUCAACAGAUCGUGGACGUACGGCUAGCUUAUUUUAUAUACGUUAUGAAACCGCAGCUAUGGUUAAAGAUGCCUUAGAACCAACAAUGAUGAUUCCACAAAUAUUUGCUAUGUUAAGUGAAGCAUCAGAAUUCGCAUCAAUGAAGGUACGUGAAGAGGAAGGCACUGAAUUAAUUGAUAUUAAGAAUAAAGUUUGUCAUUUACCGAUUCAGCAAGCUGGCACAGUUGAUACAGAUGUUAUUGCAAAAGUGAAUGCACUAUUACAAGGUUACAUAAGUCGUCAUAAUCCCAGUUGUCAUUCACUUUCAUCUGAUAUGAAUUUUGUUCAACAAAAUGCUGGACGUUUAGUUAGAUAUCUUUUCGAAAUUUCAUUGCGUCAAGGUUGGUCACAAUGUGCCACGAUAACAUUGACUUUGGCUAGAAUGUUUGAACAAAGAUUAUGGAAUGACCAAAGUCCAUUGUGGCAAUUUGUAGAAAAUGGUAAACAACGGUUAAUUCAACGUGUUGAAGAACUCCAAUUCUCAGUUGAUCGCAUUCGUGAAACUGAUGUCAAUGAAUUAGCUUACCUCUUUCACUACCAAGGAAAAGACGGUGCUCGCGAAAUUCGACGUUUAGCUUUCUAUGUACCAAAAGUACAAUUGGCUGUAGAAUCACAACCUAUUACACGUACCAUUCUUCGUGUUAAGCUUACAAUUGAGCCAGAUUUUACUUGGUCAAAUCAAAUUCAUGGAUUACAGCAAUCAUAUUGGGUAUGGAUUGAAGAUCCUGAUCAAGGUGUUAUAUUUCAUUCAGAAUAUUGGACAUUGACUAAACGCAUGUUCAAUUCAAAAACCCCACAAAUUUUAAAUUUCACUAUUCCAUUGUAUGAACCUUAUCCAACUCAAUAUUUUGUUCGUAUUCUCAGUGACUGUUGGCUUGGAACUGAUUCAACCUGUCCAAUUUCAUUGAAACGUCUCAUUCUACCGAGUAGUGAUCCACCUCAUACAGAUUUACUUAAAUUACAACCAUUACCAGUGACAGCCUUGAAAAAUGCUAAUUAUGAGUUAUUAUAUAACUUUCCAUAUUUUAAUCCUAUACAAACUCAAUUAUUUCAUACAUUAUAUCAUCAAAAUGUCAAUGUACUGUUAGGUGCACCUACGGGUUCCGGCAAAACUGUUGCUGCUGAAUUAGCCAUUUUUCGUGUAUUUAAUGAAUACCCGAAACAAAAAUGUGUGUAUAUUGCUCCAUUGAAAGCACUUGUACGUGAACGUAUUGAUGAUUGGAAUAUUCGAAUCGGCCAAAAAUUAAAGAAACGAGUUGUUGAAUUAACUGGUGAUAUCACUCCAGAUAUUAAACAGUUACUACGAUCUGAUUUAAUAGUUACUACACCUGAGAAAUGGGAUGGUAUUUCACGAUCAUGGCAGCAUAGAUCAUAUGUUCGUCAAGUUGCAUUAAUUAUUAUUGAUGAAAUUCAUUUACUUGGCGAAGAACGAGGUCCUGUACUGGAAGUUCUUGUUUCUCGAGCAAAUUACAUCGCAAAUCAACUUGGUCAACCAAUUAGAAUUAUUGGUUUGUCUACAGCGUUAGCCAAUGCACCAGAUCUGGCUGCAUGGUUACAUGUUCCAUUCACUAUGACUUCCAUUGCAGAGGUUGCUUCGAUUUCUGGCACUAGUUAUGGAUUAACUGGUAGAGGUUUAUUUAAUUUUCGACCAUCUGUCAGACCAGUUCCUUUGGAAGUUCAUAUACAGGGUUAUCCAGGUAGACAUUAUUGUCCACGUAUGGCUACCAUGAAUAGGCCAAUUUUUCAAGCAAUUAAUAGUCAUUCUCCGAAUAAACCUGUCCUAAUAUUUGUAUCAAGUCGUCGACAAACUAGAUUAACCGCUUUGGAUUUGGUUAGCUAUGUUGCAGCUUCUGAUAAUUCCAAAUGUUGGUUACAUAUGAAACCAGAAGAAAUGGAAUCAAUUUGUGAAAAUAUACAAGAAACAAAUUUACGUUUAACUUUAACCUUCGGUAUUGGUUUACAUCAUGCUGGUUUACAGAAUAAAGACCGUUCAUUAGUCGAAGAGUUAUUCACAAAUCGAAAAAUACAAAUUUUAAUCGCUACUUCAACAUUAGCUUGGGGUGUCAAUUUCCCAGCUCAUUUGGUCAUUGUCAAAGGUACCGAAUAUUAUGACGGGAAAACAAAAACCUAUGUGGAUUAUCCAAUUACUGAUGUUCUUCAAAUGAUGGGACGUGCUGGACGUCCACAAUUCGAUGAUCGAGGCAAAGCUGUAAUUAUGGUGCAAAAUUCAAAGAAAACGUUUUAUAAAAGAUUUCUAUAUGAACCAUUUCCUGUAGAAAGUUAUUUACUACAUGUACUGCCAGAUCAUUUGAAUGCGGAAAUAGUAGCUGGUACAAUAACGACUAUGCAAGAAGCUUUAGAUUAUUUAACGUGGACAUUCUUUUUUCGACGAUUAUACUCAAAUCCAUGUUAUUACGGUCUAGAAAGUUGCGAUACAAAAUCGGUGAAUAAUUUCUUAUCUGGGCUUAUUACAAAUGCAUGUGACCAGUUACGAGAUUCUUCAUGUUUACAAUAUGAUCAAACUGAUCACAAUCAGUAUGUACUGAUACCAACUACUCUUGGUCGUUUGGCGUCAUAUUAUUAUUUAUCACACUUAACUAUGAAAUUAUUUACCACAACAAUUCAGUCAACAUCGAGUAUCCAUGAUUUAUUGAGAAUAUUAUCAAGUGCACAUGAAUACUUCCUAUUACCUGUACGACAUAAUGAGGAUGAAAUGAAUAAACUAUUAGCCAAUGAAUUGCCUUUACCACCUAUCGGUCCAAUGAAUUCUCCACAUACAAAAGCACAUUUAUUAUUUCAAGCUCAUUUUUCUCGUAUUAAAGAAUUGCCGAUUAUUGAUUAUCGUACAGAUACACAAUCGAUUUUAGAUCAAGCUAUUCGAAUAUUACAAGCAAUGUUGGACGUUAGUGCUGAAUGUGGUUGGCUUCGUACAAGUUUAAAUUGUAUAAUUUUAAUGCAAAUGAUUACACAAGGCUUAUGGGUUGAAGAAUACGCCAGUAGUAUUUUACAGUUACCGAAAAUAACCAGUGAACAUUUGGAUUAUUUCAGAUGUGAUCAUAAUCCUAACAUAAGUUCAUUACCAGAACUUAUUGAUUAUGUGGCUGGUUCACCUAACCUAUUAGAUUCCAUGCUACAAGGUCAUGUUGAAUCCGAUGUUAUCAAUAGUGUUAAAAAGGCGGUUAGACAACUACCUAUUGUUGAAAUACACUCAUGUUUAGUUGGUCCUGAUCCAUCUGUCUCAUUGUCGUCAUCAUCACCAACACAACUAUCUCAGCCAGUUAGAGUAUUUAAAAUAAAUACUAUUGGACAAAGUUCAAAUUGUCUAGAUGUAUAUGCUGAAACGGAGUAUCUUCUUCGUAUACAACUAAUACGAUCUUCUAUUGAUCAGACAAGUGGAAAUAAGCCAGUUAUGACUGGAUCUUUAAUCAAAUCGAAAUCAUACGAAGGUUGGUUUCUUCUAUUGGGUAAUUGUGAAGUCAAUAAAAAUUAUGGUGGUAAUUUAUUAACAUUGAAACGUGUCCCACCACAAUCAAUGACAAUACUUAAAAAAGACAAAAUGAACUCUUUGAAUAAUACUCGGAAACAUUUUAUCAAUAUACUUGUGAAAUUCCCACUACCAUUAACAUUGUUACGUAAUACCAAUGGUAAUAAUAAUGGUACUACUAUUAAUGAUAUCGAAGUGAAACAAUCUUAUCAAUUAACAUUAUUUUUAAUGUCUGAUACUUAUUUAGGCUUAGAUCAACAGAUUGAAUUAUUUUUUAAUGUAAUGUGUAAACCACCUACUCAGAUUAAUCAUGAUGAUAAAAAUGAUAAUGAUGAUAUUGAUGAAUUGGAAUAUGAUAAAGGUUAGUGCCGAUACUGUCGAAAUAUCAAGGUAUAUAUAUAUAUAUAUAUAUAUAUAUAUGAUGUAACCAUAUUUAGGUAUGAUGAUUACACGUGUAACUAUGUAUGAUUUGAGUGUUUGUUGACCAUACCAACGAUGAGUUAUUUUAUGUAGUACAAUAAGAAUUCAAUAAUUUAGUCUUUCAUUUAAAGUGUGAAUAUCUUUCUCUUUUUUUUUUCUUGUUCUGUAUAAAAUUUGCUCAAAUCCAAAUGGAUCGAUGUUAGUGAAUAGUGUUUCAUAUAAAAUUUUAUCGCUUAUCCCCUUUAUGUUGUAUUGUAUUUUUCAACAGUAUUUUCUUCUUCCUUUUCUUUCUGAAAAAAUUAUUCUUACCGCUUAUUACAGUUUAUUUUCUCAUCUGUUCUAUCGUUUUAUCUUGUAAAUUUAAUUGAAAUGUUAUAAAUUUCAUGGUUUGAA